UUCACUGCAAGCCGUUGAGCACUGGAACACGAACUCGAGCACCGUCGGGGCAGAGCGAGAGCGCGCCAGAUUGAGUCGGCUGUGGUGGUAGCGCCACCGUGCACGUGCUUUUCUCUUGCGCGUAGGACUGAGACUCGGACCUCGACGGUCGUCGGUCGGUAUCAGUGUCACCUCUCACUUCAUGGCCUCCCUGAGCCAGCUGCUCAGGCCGCUCCCUGCAGCGCGCAGAGCCUACUCCGUCUUCUCCAAACCGGGAGGAGGACGCUACUUCAACUCGGCCAAGCCUCCAAAGGUCUCGCCCGGGACGAGCAAGGGCAAGGCCGACGUAUCAAGCCCGUCGAGCGAGGCGGUAUCCGCGAAGGAUCAUUCCUCAUCUCAGCAGCAUGGCUCGCCGCUAGCCACGGAGGGCUUGACGUCGCCCAUCCGUUCAGCUUUGAUGACACCCAUCCAUCCUGUAUUCAACCCGCAAGACCUCAAGCUCCAUCAAUUCUUCUCCUUGCAUCGACCUCUCCUCCUUGCCUCUCAACCAGCAUCCACCAUCUUCGAGUCGUCACCACUACCGCUUGAGGCCUCGCUUAAGUCAAGCUCGACGUCUGUGGAUGGCUUCGCUGAACCGCCUGAAGUCUCCGCUGAGGAUGACGCGGACACCGCGCGGCAGCUUGCGAGAGCCAUGGUGGUGAACAGGAUUGGGGCGUCGAUGACAUGGGAGCAGGCAUUGCAGCGCCUUGGGUUGGAUGUGACCAAAGGGCGAGCGGAGGAGGUCAAGCUGGCUGAGGCCGAGUUUGGGGUGUACCUGGAUAGUACGAAGCGGAAGCGGAGGAAGAAGAUGAGGACACACAAACUUAAGAAGCGCAGACGGGUAUGAUCAACCUUAUAUUCUUUCGGGCCAUACCCGUAUUAACGAGCCAUUUGUUCUAGUUGACGCGUAUGAAGAACCGGCAUCUCAAGUGAUCGCGAUAGUGGUUCGGACAAUCCUAUUGCAGUGCCAUUAUCAUAAUGGAGUCGCCUCCUCUUCAAUGAUCAGUU